GAGACGUCGAAGCGCUCGGUUGACGGCAGCACGCCCAAAGCCCCCAAGGACAAGCAGUGCCCCUUCUGCCAGCAGCCGUUUACCUCAUCGUCCCUCGGCCGCCACCUCGACCUCUACAUCAAGGAGAAGAACCCAAAGGCGGCCGACGGUAUACACGAUGUCGACAUCAUACGCAAGCUCAGGGGUAACAUCACAAGGAGGCAGGCAAAGGCCUCGUCUCUCUCGCGGCGAGGCACCUCGGCCUCGGUCGGGACGCCCACGGCUACGUCAAAGCGAAGCCCCGGCUCAGAGUACACAGAGUCGCCCAUGGUGAAGUCGCCAGUCUCUCUAAAAGAGAGCGCGCCAGCUAGCGAGGCGGUUGGAAGGCAGUUCCCGUUCAAUACGCCUUGGGAGGCCACUGGGGUAAUCAACGACAUUUCGGCAGCACGGGACGGAGAAGGCGCCAAUACCGGCGACGGAGAAGGCGCUUCUGACACUCCAAAACCGGCCACUGUCCCCCAACAACGAACCAUAAACCGGCAGGCGAUGAAGCAGCAGCUUGACGCAAGGCAGCAGCUCCAAGAUGCAUUGGAUACCGCAAGGGCAGCCGAACUGGCGCUGCGAGAGGUGAUCGGGUCAUUCAGGGCUGCCAAGCUGCAGAUUGACAUGGACUCGGUACCCUUCGACUUUGAUCCCCUGGCGCUUGAUUUCCCGGUCUUGACAAUACAGUGCUUGGAGCCGCCGCCGACCCUUUUCUCUUCGACCCAGCAACCGACCUCGACGUCGUGGUCAAUUCUCCCGCCAGGGUCGCAACAAUACAAGGCACUGCGGAAAUACUUCCAGGACGAGUUCCAGAAAUGGAGAAUCACCUGUGCAAGCGCCGUCACUGCUGCCAACGAGGACCUGCCAUACCCUCCACCCGUGGAUGCCUUCAGGCCCAACGCAAAGGAUGAGAUUCGCAAUGCUGAAAAGAAGGCAGAAGUCUUGGAAGCAAAAGUGUCUGAACACAUGGAGAUCACGUACAGGGUUUGGAAUGGACUUCCACAAGCGCAGCGCGAGAACCUAUGGGCUUUGGAGCUAGCGCGGAGUGUUGGGCGGAAGCAGAAGGAAAUCGACAGGCUUAACAAGGUACAGCACAGUCUCAAGCAGGAAAACGCGCAUAUCAAGUCACAAAUCGAGCACCUAAACCGACUCCAGCAGCCACGCGAAUUUAAGAUAUCGCCGCCGACGACAGUUUUCGUAGAGCCAGAGGCGAUAGACUACUUCCAGGACCAGCUUGUAAUUCGCAAGCGUGGCGGGGUCGGCCUCAACCUCACCGACCGCCAUUCCGACUUAAACACAAUCAUCUCCAACGCCAUCGACCGGUGGAAGAACGUUGUCGUGUCGACCCGGUCUACAACCAAUGGUCUACAGGGCCAACGGCCGCUGAACCCUCCGGGCACGGGCAACCUGGGCUCGGGGAUGGCAAGCAGCGGCACGGCGAAUCCCAGCCCACCCCAGGCACAAGCACCGGCAUUUCGAGCACAGCAGCAGGUCCCAGCCCUUCAGAACUCGCCCCAGUCGCAGAACCUACCCACAACCAACAACAAUGCCUCGGCCUUCGCCAGCUCGGCUACACCAUUUAUCACGGCAAGUCCACCCUCUGGAAACUCUCAACAAGUCGCACCUGUAGGGGACGCUCCCAGCACCGCACCUUCGGCCAGCCCCGAUAUAAAGGAGGACAACGACAACGACGAGGAAGAGGACGAGAAUGAGGACGAGGAGGAGGAUGAGGAUGAGGAUAUGAGCGACCAAGACGCCGAAGGAGACGAAGAUGCGGACGCUGACGCAGAUGUUGAUGCCGAGAUGGAC